UUUAACCAUUUCUAGGUCGGAGAGCCAUGGGGAGUCGGAGGAAGAAGCUACUGGAGGCUCUUCAGCCGCUCAGACAGGAACGAAGCACAAGGUGGUGGUUAUGGGUGGAGCAAAAGUUGGAAAGUCAUCCAUUAUAUCCCAAUUUCUAUAUGGAACAUUUUCCCCAAAAUAUAAAAGGACCGUGGAAGAAAUGCACCUCGGAGAGUUCAAUGUUGGAGGUGUGCGACUGACUCUGGAAAUAUUGGAUACAGCAGGUUCAUUCGAGUUUCCAGCAAUGCGUGCAUUGUCUAUAUCUUCAGCAGACGCAUUUGUUCUUGUCUAUUCAGUAGUAGAUCCUGAUACCUUCGAAGAGGCCAGGGUUAUUCGAGAUCAAAUCCUCGAAAUCAAAGGUGGAGCUCAGGUACCAAUUGUUAUUGUUGGAAACAAGACAGAUUUAAUUGAGGACGAUUCUCAACAGGACUUGUCCAAAACAACAGAAUCAAUUGUGACGGUAGACUGGGAAAAUGGCUUUGUUGAGACAUCUGCUAAAGAAAAUCUAAAUAUAACAAAAGUAUUUAAAGAACUACUUUCUCAAGCUAAGGUAAAGUACAACCUGAGCCCCGCCUUAAGGAGGAGGAGGCGGCAGUCGCUCCCGCCCCAGCAGCCAGGGAGUGGCACUCCGGUUAACAAUCCUGCAAUACCUUCCCCUGCGCAGUUGGCACACCUCCAAUCCCUGAGGGAGAGGCAUGCCAGCAAGAGGAAUUCAUGCGUUAUCUCUUAAGAACCCACCCAUCUUGAAUAAUCAUUUUUACUCUAACACGGGUUGAAGAGAAACAAUAUUAUUUUUUAAAACAAAAAUCUAAAAGAAAAAAAUAUACAAUUAUUUUAAUUUUUGUUUCAAUAUACAACAGUUUUUAACAUCAAAAUUAGAUAAUAAAAAAAAAAAAAAAAAGAGUGUUGUAUUUACCUCACAUUUACUUACCUAUAUUCGCCUUAAUGUGGAUUUAGUUAAUCAUAUUUUAUGAUAAAUAACAAAAUUUUAUGAAACCUCAUCCCAUAUUUAUUGUAACAGAGGAAAACAAUAAAAGUAACUUAAGAAUGGCAUGUAAUGUUAACUGACCUUCUUUCUAUAAAUAAUUAAAAAGUUUAAUUUACUGCAUUGAUUACAAAGGUUUUCUUUUUGUGAGUAAAGCGAUACAAGAUCAAGAUGAUAUAAUGUAUUUUUUUUUAGAAAUACCAAUUCUUAAAAAUACUGAAUAUUUAUUGAUUAGAAAAUCAGAGUAAUCAUUACAAGAUUAUUUGAUAAAUUUUUAAUACAAAAUUUUAAAAUAUUGUAGUAGUAAUUUAUCCAUUAUAUUUUAAAAAUUUAUUAUUCACAAGAUUAAUUUACAAAUAUUUCAUUUUUUCAAAUAUUAUUUUAUAAAUGAUUAUAUUUCUAUUAUUUUUUCUUGAAAAAUAUCUCAUAACUAUGAGGUUUCACAUACAUAACUUUGUAUCAGUAGAGAAAAUUUUCUUUAUGUUCAAGCCAGAAUCAUCUAAUGGAUCAUCUAAGAAAAAUUUUAAAUCUAAAAUAAUCCAAAAUAAUCUAUCUCUUUAAAAAAAAAAAAGAUGGUACUGAUAAGUUUUUAAAUUACUCCAUUUAAAAAUUAUAUUUCUAUAUUAUCUUUCAUUAGAACAACUUUCCACUAUUCUUAUGUAAUGCUACUUCUCUCCUACUUUCUUCAUUUAAAUAAUUUUUAUUUUUGGUGAAUAGUGAGAUAAAAAAUGAUUAAAUGUUAUUUUUACAAAUUAAUACUGGGCUAAAUGUAUUGUUUAUAAGCAGAGACCAAAUUUUAUGUAAUCUGCAAAAAGCUCAAAAAUGACAUAAUAAAUAAUGUAAAGUUGUAAAGAUGAGACAGAAAAUCUAAAAAGUACCAAUCAUUUUAUUAUGUGUUUAAGUAUAAUUAUAAAUUAAUUUUAUGCAAAAAUAAAUAUAUUUUCUCUAAGCAAAUAAAUUUUUACAUAAUGAAAACUAAAAUUCAAAAUAAAUGUUCUAUUCGGCUUGUGAAAACCAAUAAAAACAUAUUGAAAAUGCCAUAAUUUUGAAAACUUUUCCGGAAUAAAAAUAGAUUUUGUAUAUAAAAUAUAGGAUUUUAAAAUUCAAAAUCAAUAAUAAUAAAAGAAUAAUUACUAUUUUCAAAACAUUAAUGACCGAACAUUUUGUUAUUUAAAAAGAAAAGUACCAUUGCAAAUAAUAUGAAAAGUAUUAAAGGAGUUCGAACAAGGUAAAAGACGAAUUGGAGAAAGUAAGUUAGGUUUUUUUUUCUAAGAGAUUACCAUUUUUUUCUGUCUCUUUUCUGUAAAAAAAUUGUCUGGAGUGAGGUAGGCAUUGCGCCUCAGGUUUGAGUUUGGCUGUGGAUAAUAAUUCUUUGUUCUGAUUCAUCAGCGGCGGAUCGUACUAUAGAUCUGGAGACUGUUGUAGGGAUCACUCAUUCUCUAUAAAGUGGGUACUGUUAAUUAAUUGAAUAAUUAAAUAAGGAGAAAAACCUGGAGGUUGAGUUUGAUAUUGGUCUAAUCACUUCUUAGCACAACUUUCAACCUAAAUACCUUCCUACAAAUGUACCUUGCAUUCAAAGAACUGAAUCCAAGACCAUUCAUGGGUUAUAGAAGUACAGUUUUUAUUUUGUUUUAUAUAUUUUUUAUAUACAAUAAAAAAAUAUUUGUUAGCAUUUAAAACAUAUUUUUAACAAAAAUAUUUUAAUUUAAACAUUUAUCAAAAAAUUGCUUAAAAUUUGGAAUAAACAAGUCAAAAAACAUAAAAAUUUGGAAAGGUGUUCAUAAUAUUGUUUAAAAAAAAUUCCUUUUUUUCUUGUUAUAAAAAUCUUUACUCUAUUGUGGGAAGUUGAUCUAUUUCAUUUUCAAGUAAAUCGAGUAAAUCUUUUUGAAAACAUACUUAAAUAUGCAUUCAAAAAAAAUUUAUUUCAUUACCCAAAAUUAGGAAUUAAGUCUAUAUUUGAUAACUAGAAAAUAAAACUAUAUAAUCUGUGUGGUAGCUUAUUUCUAUUUCAGACGAUAGAUCUGUUUCAAACAAAACUAUUUGGCUAUUUUUAUGUUUCUUGCACUUUCCUGGAAAACUAAAUAUAUAUAUUGUAUUUAUAUUAGGCUCUACACAUACUCAUAUAAAUAAAUAAAUAUAUUUAUCCUUUUUUUAUAAAUUUAGAAGGUAAUAAGUUAUUAAGAACUGAGUUUUGGUGAUUACACUUCAAAAUAAGUAUUAGCUGUUAGAUUAUAGGUUUUUUCCUUUGGUUUUUAAUCAACCUACUGAAAAUUCAUUAAACUUCCUUUAUUUAAAGACAAUCCUUUGCUUAAAUUGAUAUGAUUAUUUAUAAAUAGAAAAAAUAUAUAAAUGUUUUAAAAACAAUGGAUAUUCCUAUUAUUUAAAUUACUUUGCAAGUUAAUUAUAUUGAAAAUAAAUAAGAUCACUACUCUUAGUCAUAACAAUGGAAUUUUCUAGUCCAUUUGCAUUAUAUAAUCUGGUUACUCUGGACACCUCAAAUUCUUUUAAUAAUGUAAUAUUUUAUAUAUAGUAUUUUGAAAAUACCAUUUUUCACCAGAACCUGAUUUCUGUUCCUGAACCUGAAUAUAUCUUUUCUUUAAAUAAAAGGGACAAACUAUUUACCUUUGUAACUCGAAAGAGUUUGACAAAACGGAAUUUGAGAUAUCAAGAGCUGACUGAAAACAAACAGUGGUACUUAAAAAAGUUAACAGAUGUAUUAUUUUUCAACUAUAUUUUAUAUUUGUAAUUUAAAUUUAUAAUUCUCAACUUUUAUAUACUGCAUUAUUAUACCAACAAUUAAUCUAUGCGGCCUUAUUACUUUGGGUGGUGAUUAAAAGUAUAAGUUAUUGUUUUUACAUCCUUGAAAAAUUAUUUCCAAAUAAUUAAAUUUGUUCUGUCACUUUUAGGUCAUUUAUUAUCUACUAAAAUAUUCAUCAAAACAGUUUUAAAAUGCCGUAAAAUGGGGUGUUUCUUAAAUAGAAAUCAUUUCCUUAAUCAGAGAUUCACUCAUAAUUGAGUAAUUUAUUUUUAUUGUCAAUAGUUAUGAAUAAAUUUCAAAAAUUAAGAGUUGGGAAUUAUAAUCAAUUAUAAUCUGUUUACUAGUAAAUAUAAUAAUAAAUAAGCAGCAAUUAAUAUCCUGAAUACUAGGAUGUCUUGUUUUUGGAAAAUUUAUGUAAUUGGAAAAACAAUACAUAAGCUCAUUUUUUUUCCGCCAUUGAUUUUAUUACAUGAAAAUAAAUCAAAUUUGAUGGUUUCUAGAUGAUAAUGAGUUAACCUGUUUUGUUAUUAAUCACAGUUAAUGGAAAUGAGUUAUUGUGUUAAAUAUAUGCAUUUAUAAAAAAAAAUCCAUAUAGUAUUUAUUAUAUGUAAUCUUCAAUAUGAAUAUUAUCUGAAAUAUGUAAUAUUAGCAGUUUGUGUGCAUUGUAAUUAAAUGUUACAUUAUUGGAGGUGUUUACCACAAAAAAUGUAGCCCAUGAUCUAAAUUCAAUGAACUCAUAAUAUAUUCAGUUCACAAUCACUAUUUUGUCUUACAUUUACUUUUUAGGUUUGCUGAACUAAUGGAAAAAUUUAGAAAAAACAUUACUUGACUAUUACUUAAAUCGUCUUACAAUCAUUAUUUCCUUUUUCUUUUUCCAAUAAUGAUAAAUUAGUUUCAUUUUCAGUGACCUUUUUUGAGUUUAGCAGCCAAUGAAGUCCGAAACCUUCAAUAACAUGAGGGAAGAUUCGCCCAUAGCUCUGUUGUCCAGCCAACCACCAUUUCCAUAAGCUUUGUUCUUUUAAUAGAAAUUGAGCUACAGAUUUUAAUUUUUUAAUAAUGUUUUCUUAUAUAUUUUUUAAAUAUAAGUAUAAAAAGAAAUCCAUUUCCCCAUUUAUUUAUACUUUUUGAGGUUGGAUGUUAGUAUGCACCUAAAUUUAUGUUUUAGAACUAACUAGAACAUUUAUGUGAGGAUUUGAAAACAAUAAAGAUAUAAUAUUGAUUUUUGUUAAAGAUAUAAUUUCUACAUAGAGUUGCACAAACAUUAUUUUACUAAUUCAGAUUGAUUCAAAUCCAACUGUUGGAAAUAGAAAAAAAUUUAAUUGUACCAUAAACGGUCAUUACAGAUGAUUUCUUAUUUUUAUUAUACAGGGUGUAUAAUGAUUGUACAUAUAAAUUGUAUAUUUCUCAUGAAAACAAAUUAUAUGAAAUAAUAAAAUAUUUCUAGAAGCUAUAGCCAUAUUUCUACUAAAUUAUUAGUUCUAUGUGAAGUUACACACAGAAAUAAAAAAUAAAAAAAAAAUUAAUAUCUUUUUAACUACUUGAAGUUAAUUUUUUAUUUCAAAUUAUAUUACAUAACCUAAAUAUUGCCCAAGAAUAAUCAGAUAUUUCAUGUAAACCUUUGCAUCUUUAAUUUAAGUUAAGAGAUGAUUUUUAUCUAAGAUAGCAGUUUCACGAAUGUUGCUCUGAUAAUAUUCGUGUUUUUCCUAGGAAAUUAUUCCUCAAAACCAUAGACAAAUGAGUAUAUAUACGAGUUUUUUUGUUGUUAGAUCUGAUGAAAUUAAAAAAAUUAUUGCACAUUGCAUAACCAUAUUGCAUGGAACUAUCCUAAACAGUUAUAUGGUAGAAAUAAAAUUCUCAUUGCUUUAAAAAGGAUAUUACUCAUUUUGAUUACAUAUUUGUUUCAAUAAGAAAUUUCCCUCACCUAGUUUAAAGCAAAUUAGUCAAUAAUAUGUAUUUAAAAACAUCCUGCAGUAUUAAUAUAAUGCUAAGCAAGUGUUAAUUUUGAUAACACUUUUCGAAUUACUUUUGUUAAGAUCCAGUUUACCAUUUCUUGCUUUUCUGACAUCAAAUAAGAAGUUAUAAAAAAAUUAUUAUUUUUUUUAUAAGUUAAAAACAUAUGACUUAAUGGAAUAAACUUAAUAGUGAAAGACAUCCUACUUAUGAAAUUCAGAGUUGUUUUGGACAGAUACUUUUGAACCUUAUGAAAAAAUAUAAUACAUCAAUAUGAUGGUAGUAAAUAUAUGUAAAAUCUUUAUUCUUCAGAAAAAUGAUAAUUAUUGUAGGUUUUAACUGAAACAUUUAAGAAUUCCUGAUAAAAUAAGUGAGAUUCAUUAUCGUCUUCCUAACUUGUCUAAUGUUAUUGUCAAUUAAACCUGGAUGGUAAUGAAUAAGGAAGUGUUAUUUUUAAAAAAGUAAUAUUUAUUUAACAUACUAGAUACUUACAGUAUAAUUUAGAUUAUGUUGUUAUUUUAUAUGAGAAUAAAUAAAAAUAUUUAAAGAAAAAAAAAAGGCUGUAUUUGAAAGUAAACACCAUGAUUAACAUAUUAUUGUAUAGCAAAAGAUUUAUUAUGUUAACGUUAACUUUGUUAAGAGUGAAGUGAUCAGUAAUUUCAAGAUAUGAAACCAAUGUUAUUUUUAUUAUUUAAAUAUUAUAUAUUGUAUUUACUGUAUCAAAUGUUUUAUUUUAUACCUAAACAUUCACUAUCACUUUAAUUAGAAAAAAAUAUAAAAACAUACAUCAAGAAUUUCAAUCUGGAGAUGGGUAAUUCAAUAGUACCAAUUAAUUACUCAACAUAGUUAGCAUAUUGUUGAAACUAACUGAAAAAAGUGAGAAUAAAUUGGGCAAUCAAAUAUAAUAAUAAUUUAACCAAAAAUAUAAAUUAAGUUAUUUUCAUUAAUGUGUACUUGACUGUUUGAAAUUUGGUGAAAUCGAUCUGUUCACUCCUUGUUGAUAAUUGUAAUCUUAUUUAUUAUUCAAAUUUAUAUUAUGCAUCUAUUACAAUAAAUGAUUCAUAUUUAUAUAUGUAAAAGAAACUUAUUUAUAAAUAUUUAAGAAAUUGUAUUUUGUAUAAGGAACAAUGAAUUGUAAGAAGAGGAGCUGGUCCAUUUAUGUUGAUUAGGUAUUCAACACCAUUUAAUAAAUCAAACUACAUUAAGUGUUUAUUAUUAAACCUUUUAUUAUUAUAAUUUAAGGAUUUUCAGUUAUGGUCGUUAUCAUAAUAAAUUUUUAUUUAAAUAGAGUAUAAAAAUCUGGUGCAGGCCUCACAUAACUUUCACUUACCGCUCUUCUUUGAAUAGAAAUUAUUUUCUGGCAAUACUGGGCUAUUACAAAUUUUAUGAAGUGCAUUUUUAACUGAGCUAAACUGUAAACCUUACAGCUAAUCUGUAACAACUCAUUAAGGUCAUUAAAAUAACACAAACCCUAUUUAUUAUAUCGACUGUCACUCCCUCACGUAACUCCAUCUGUAUCACAGGUGAAUCUACGGUGUGGGGAGGAAUUUCAGGCUGAAGCC